CGCCCGCAGGUUUCCUGCCAGAUGGUGUCCGCGAAGAGGCCGGCAGGCGGCUCACACAGCAACCCGAGCGGACGCGGACGCGGACGCGAGUGGAUGCAUCGUUAUUCAAACUUUUACCCCACCACCUCUUCCUCCUCCUCCUCCUCCUCUCCCCGGUUUAUACCCGAUUUCCAGCCCCACUUUUGAGCCGCGCUCCCCGCGAAGCUAUCGAGAAGCUGUAGUCUUCCGGGACGUUGCUAGCUGCUGUACAGGAAGGAUCUGGAAGGACAGUAGCCAGCGAGGAGGUAAGGAAAGUCUCGCAGAGCUGAGUGGCUUGGCGAUUCGGUCCCUACCGGAGAAGCUUCCAAGCAGGUGUCUGCAGUCAAGGUGGCGUGCAGGAAGAUCCGUGCCGGGCCUGCUCCUUUGCUGUUUGAACAUCCCAGCCGGCGGGGGAGAUCGGAGGGGAGCUUAUGAAGGAGUUGCGUCCGGGGGAGCAGCGCCCAGCGAAGACCACUCGGAGCCAGCCGCGGAGACCCGAGGGCGAGGAGGAAGAGGAGGCCGAAGGCAGGCUGCCGCAGCCCAGCGCACAAACAUGAGAUCCAUCCGGUCGUUCGCCAACGAUGACCGCCACGUCAUGGCCAAGCACUCCACGAUCUACCCCUCGUCCGAGGAGCUGGAGGCCGUGCAGAACCUGGUGUCCACGGUGGAGUGCGCGCUCAAACACGUCUCCGACUGGCUGGACGAGGGCGACCAGGCGGCCAAGGAGACCGGGGCGGCCGUCAAGAAGGACGAAGCCACAGAGAACGACCCGAAGGAACAGAACGCUGGGAUCCUGUGUGGCGUCAUGAGAAUUGGACUAGUUGCUAAGGGUUUACUGAUAAAGGAUGAUAUGGACCUGGAGCUGGUGCUCAUGUGCAGGGAGAAGCCCACUGAGACCUUAUUAUGUACAGUCUGCGACAACCUUCCUCUACAGAUCCAGAAACUCACAGAAGACCACUACGAAGUCCGGAAGUGCGCGGAGGAAGCCGCGAUAUUGGUCUGCAACACAAAAGAGCCCAAGCUAACCCUGAAGGUGAUUCUCACCUCCCUCCAGAUGAGGGACGACCUGGAGAAGAGAGCCGAAGUCGAAAAUGUGGCCAUGAAAGAUCCUCUGGACUUACUGGACAGGCAGAAAUGUCUUAAGGCCUUGGCGUCUCUGCGACAUGCCAAAUGGUUUCAGGCAAGAGUUAACGGCUUAAAGUCGUGUGUAAUAGUCCUUCGUAUUCUGCGUGAUUUGUGCAGCAGAGUACCAGCCUGGGAGCCAUUGAAAGGAUGGCCCCUUGAGCUGAUCUGUGAAAAGGCCAUAGCAACGUGCAACAGGCCACUGGGAGCUGGGGAAGCCCUUCGUCGUGUGAUGGAGUGUCUGGCCUCUGGAAUUCUGCUCCCAGGUGGACCAGGUUUACAUGACCCGUGUGAAAAAGAACCCACAAAUACGCUAUCUAAUAUGACAGAGCAGCAGGGAGAAGACAUCACGCACAGCGCUCAGCACGCACUACGGCUUUUAGCCUUUGGACAGAUUUAUAAGGUACUAGACAUGGAUCCACUUCCUUCAAGUAAACCUUCCCAGAAAUAUUCUUGGUCAGACAAAGAAGGAACGGGGCUGAAACGGCCGUAUGAAGACGGGCCGCUGGACGACAAGGACCUGAUUAAAAAGAUGAAACGCAACUUGAGAAAAAUUCUUGACAGCAAAGCAAUAGACACCAACCAACCCAUGAAUGCGCUAAUGCGACUCAACCAGAUCCGGCCCGGUCUGCAGUACAAGCUCUUGUCCCAGUCGGGGCCUGUUCACGCGCCGGUCUUCACAAUGUCCGUCGACGUGGACGGCACGGUAUACGAAGCCUCGGGGUCGUCGAAGAAGACGGCGAAACUCCAUGUAGCAGUGAAGGUCCUGCAGGCAAUGGGAUACCCGACUGGUUUUGACACCGAUCUGGACUCAAUGAGCGCAGACGAAAAAUCAGAUGGCGAAGGAAAGAUGGAGACGGCGUCUACAAACUCAAGCAAUAAUACAACCAGUUCCACCACCGACGGCUCCAACACACUGGAGGUACGAACUCAGGGUCCUAUUCUUACUGCCAGUGGCAAAAAUCCUGUCAUGGAACUGAAUGAGAAAAGGCGCGGUCUGAAAUACGAGCUCAUAUCGGAGAGUGGGGGCAGUCAUGACAAGCGCUUCGUCAUGGAGGUGGAGGUGGACGGACAGAAGUUCAGGGGAGCAGGGCCCAAUAAGAAGGUGGCCAAGGCCAGCGCCGCACUGGCUGCCCUCGAGAAACUGUUUUCAGGGCCCAACGCAGCAGGCAGCAAGAAAAAGAAGAUUAUUCCCCAGACUAAAGGGGCGGUAGCGGCUGGGGCGUCGGUCGCUGCCCAGGCGGCGAGGGGGCGAGGCCGAGGAGCGCUGGCCAGGGGGGCGUUCGUGAGCGCGGCUGCCGCUCCAGGAUACAUCACCCCAGGUUACGGGACGCCAUAUGGUUACAGUGCAGCAGCAGCCACCCCAGCUUACGGUGGUUUUUUCAUUGACAAUCCCUUUUACCAGCCCCGGACCAUCGCACCCUUUAUUAUUCACUUGGGUCCUCAAGAUUUCUUCUCUGACUUCUAGAACCAUCAGGUUGUGUGGCUCAAAACCCACUUUUUUUUUACCACUUCUCUCGUCAGUCUGGAGCUAGGAAUAAAAAAAAAAACAGAAAUAAAAGGCAAAACAAAACAAAAUCAACAGGUCACUAAACUGACAGGAAUGUACAAAACAUCUCAACCUUGUCUCAUUUUCCAUAGAGUGCAUAUCCCAUGAAGGAAAAGCAAUACUUAAUUUGACUUUCAGCUUGACUUAAGGCUGAAUCUUCUCUUUAUUAUAUAGCAAUACACCUGAAUUUAGCUCAAGCUUACUUGAAACAAUGUGAAUGUUUAAUUGAAGUCUGACCUGGCAGAGCACUGCAAUAUUUAAUUUAACUUGUAUAUUCACUAAUGUGUGCGUGUAUGUGUGAUUGUUAUGCUUACACAUAUGUAUAUUUCUAUAUAUGUAUGUAUUCUGUUUCAGUCCUGCAGAAUUAUAAGUAACCAUAAUCCUAGGGUAUAGCUUUCAACUCAAAUUUUAUAUAAGCAAUUUAAAAUCUAAGUCAUUUGCUAUGGUACCAUCAUUUUUGUAAGACUUCAUUUGAUUAACUUAUGUGUAGAAGUCUGAUUUUUUAAUAUAGUUGAGCGCCAUAUUGUUUUAUUUGCCUUCGGUAAUGUAUGCAGGUAUCUGAUCCUACAGAAAUAAUUUCUGUGCACAGUUCCCCUAGGACUUCCAGAUGCAUUUGGUUCAGGGCAAAGUGUAUCAAUGCACAAUUAAGCAAACCUUUAAGCAAACACUUAUUAGACCACAUUAAUGUACAUGCAAAGCACAUUUUGCAGUAAAGCCUCUUCUCUUUAAUGAAGGACGUUACAGAUGGUACUUCCACAGCUCAUUCUGUGUGUGUUCAGAUUUUUGUAAUUACAAAGUGGUAUGCACAGCAAAUGCACUAGUUUAUUUUUAGUGGAUGUGAGCUAAUAUACCGACAUCUUCAUUAUGUGUCCUGAAGGGGCCCGGUUACACAGGUGAUAUUUGGCUCUUGAACAGUUCUGCAUUUGGAAGCCUUUGCCCUUCCAAUAGAAUGAAACCUAUUAGUGUCUCAUAGCUGACAAAUUUAGAAUAAUACUGGCUUCUCAGUCUUGCUCAUCCAUCACAUUAUUACUUGUCACUACAAUGUGUAAUUUCAUAAUUCUUCAUAACAGUGCAGCGCUGUGCAUGCCACUGACAUAUUGGUACAGGACCAUAGCAAAGCUGUGAAAUUGCUCUUGUUUUUCCACAGUGCAACAAAAUAACAUUAAGGUGCAGCCAGAUUUGACAAUUAACAUAAAAGCAACAACGUUCAUUUCCAGAAGGAAUGUUUUAUGCAUUACUUGUUUGGUCAACGUUCUGUUCAUUGUAUUCUAGAAUGAGCAGAAAAGAUGCUUUCGUUUGCUUUUUGGUAAACGUUUCAUUUUGCACGCGUGAGCCUUCAGCGGCUGAUCGUGCAAAAUUCGCUUUUCGUGUUUUUAUUUGACUGCUCUGUCAAUCGUAGUAAGGCGCCGUAGGAGCCUGAAAGCAACUGAAGUUUGAAUCGGUCCCUGCAAAGGUAUCCUGGGAACUUUUUAAUUAAGGCUGUCUUCUCUGUGCGUUAAUUUCCUGGCUAAAUUAAGUUAAAGUAUGUGAAAUAGAUAUAUUUGUGAAGUCUUCCGAGUAUCCCAAAGCAAAUGCUGUUUUUAUAACUAGUCACUUUAAGAAUUAGAAUGUUCUAUUCUGCUGUCGUCUGAAGAAUGUACAAUGUGUUCUUUUUUUUUUCUUGAGUUCCAAGUGAAUUUGAACCCUGUGCUUGUCCAUGCCCUCAUACUGUUUUUUAGCCUAAAGAGUGAAAACAUUUUAGGGUUGGCAUGUUUCAUCCCAUGAAAUGAAAGCCUAGGUGCUGGUAGGUCGAGGUGCUGUUUUGAUAGCAGUGUCAUCACCUACUUGCCUUAGCUGGUCUGAUCUAGGAAACCAAGCAAGACUGGGUCUGGUCACUAUUGGCUGGAAGACCUCUAAGAAAAGCCUGGUUUCUGCUAUAAAUUAUAACGGCGGACCAGUAGGAGGUGCUCUUCUUGUAGUGAGGUGUGAGGAAGUAGGACACUUUGCUGCAGGAGGUACUGUCCUGCAGAUGACUGAGAUCUUUAUUAACUUAAAUAUUAAACACUCUGGGCUUGAAGCCAUUUCUCAUACCAUUCUGCCUGAUCUGCUGUGUAGUGAUUCUUCACUUCUUUGGUGGAUGAAUUGAGUCCCCUCCUACCUAAAUUGAGAUCCAUUGGGAUGAAAAUAUAGGAAUAUAAUGGUUAAUAAUUGGAAUCAUUUUCCAAUAAUAAACAAUUAGGAAAAUAAUUGUAAACAGACAGCUGGGAAGAAUCCAAAGCUACUGUAUAUUUAAGAUGCAGACAGAUAUGCUGAACGUCAGUCAGAAGAAAAGGGGUUUUGCAAUAUAGUAUCUACUUUAAAAGUAGAGGUUAGAGUUGGGACUCAUUAAUGUUGGAACAAGUCAUGUUUUUUGUUUGCAAAUGAGGCAAACCUCUCCAUUUUUUUUGCAUUCCCACCCUCAUGCUAUUUUACAAGCAAUUAAAGGGCCUCUAUUUUGAGAGAGCUUUUCUCCAUCUUGAAAUGUUUCCAAUCUGACAACGUGAUUUUUUUUUACAAGGUAAGAACUCUCUCCUGCCAGAAACAUAUAUAAAAUGAAGAGCAUUCUAAUUUCCAAACCCACCUUGGUGAUGUUUCUUUCGUGUUGCAGCCUAGUCUUCAUACCUUACAACAUGACUUCAGUGCAACCCUUCAAAUCUUCUCCAUAACAGAAUUGUGCUAUAAUUCAUAGCUGAUUGAUCAUUAGGGUUAGGUAUAGCAAUUUAAAGAGCACGUAGCAUCAAUAAUAUUUUAAGUCGAAUAAUUUCAUUCUUGCAACUCUUCAUUUUUGAAUUCAUGAGGAAUAUACUAGUAAUAAUGCCAUUUAUGUGCAAAAAAUACUUCAGCAGAACGUCCUCUGUUGCAUGUUCUUUUUAUUUCGUAUGAUAGUCACACAGCAAAACAUGUAUUUAUUCUUGAAGAACACAAAGAAGCUGCAAAGAGGAGGGGGCCCCUCAAAUAUUGUACCUUAUUUUGUUGAUACUAGUUGAUCCAAGGAUCGUCCUAUGAAUUAUUCAUUUAUCAUAUUCUCAGCUUUGACAAUAUGUCUAGGCAGCUUCCCCCAAACCCCCAUGACCAUUUGUACAAAACAGUGCCUCCUGUUACCGGUUUUAAAUGCACUUUUCUGUAUUUUUUACUUAACGCAUUGCAUUCAUCCAAAAACCUAACAGCACAAUUUGUGAAAAUGUCAUUUUUGCUCUAUCCCGAUUUGAGAGCAAAAAAGUAUUUUUUUUUAACUUUCCCCUGUCUGGAUUUUGACUCUUCGUGUCAUUGUCCCCUCCUGCUGAGUGUCCACUGCUGUUCUGUAAUGUCCGUUUUACAGGCGCAAAUGAGCAUGAAAUCGUACACCACUCCAUGAUAAAGAGUGGAAUUGAAGAAAAUCUUAUAUUGCUGGAAUUUCUUGUUUCUCUAGUUCUCAGUUGCUGGCUGUCCUAUUCCCCCUUCCACAGGUGAUCUGGCAUGCUCAUGAAGGAUUCAGGUAAAAAAAUAGCACCCAGAAAAUAUGUAUCCAAGCUGCCCAAGUCCUUAGAGUUGAGUUUAAUUGGGGUCCUUUAAAGAUCAGUAACAUUUUAGAGAUUUGUGAUAGUGACCACACGAAGCAUUCGCCUUUUGUUUCAUUGCCAUUGGGGUUUUUGAGAAAAGUUUCCUGAAGUACUUUCCUUUUUUUGCUAGCCAAAUAAGUAGAAGAAAAAAAAACACACCAGCCCCCUCAGAAGACACACUGUAGUGCUGUGCCGUACAAUAAGAAACCUGUUUAAAACGCAGAUCCUUGACGACCUUGGAAAAAAAUGUGGGGUGUGCCUUUCCAUAGACGGAUUUCAUUAACGGAACCCUGCCGGUGUCCCAGCGUCUUGCCCAUUGUGUUCCUAGUCAUCGUUAGCCGUGUCCAACAAAGUACUCCAGUCACUCAUAUUUUUGAAAGAAACUGAAAUUCUACCUCCCAAUAAAUACGUGCAAGCCAUAGUCCAAGCCACCCAGAAGCCUCCCUGAGAUGCGUGUGCAUUUGAGCUGUAAACUUCACAUGCAUAAUUCCAGGGUUUGAAAGAAAUCUUUCUGUGUCGAGUUUUGGAGCACAAUUGUGUAGCAGGAUGAGCUAAGAAGAUGGCAAAACACAAGCGAUGCUUGCCAAGCUACCAGUACGGUAGUAGCGUCUCCUCUUGGUGAAAUUGUGGAGCUGCCCGAUGCGACGUUUGGAAAUGUAAUUGGCCUUUUUUUUUUAUAAAUGUAUAACCUUCAUGCUGUGAAGCCCCAAACUUCUCCGCCUUCCAAUUUGAUUCUAGCACUAUUAAUAACCUCACAAGCUCUCUCAGACUAAAACCUGCUACUAAUGAAAGGUAAUUGAAUUUAAAAGUAUAAGGAAUCUCAGGUUCACAGUGUUAGACAAGAAAGUAAUCAGAUCAGUGGGAGCUCGUGCUCUCUAGCGUGUUUUUGCUGCGUUGUUUUUUUUCCCUCCUGCAAAUUGUCUGAGUUGUCUUGUAGUGAAACAGAAAUGUGGUAUAAAGAUUCAAGUGCUUAACUGCUUUUCUGAAUCGGUUUCAGGUUCUGCACUGGGUACUUUUAGUUAACUGUCCAUAUCGGGCUUAACUUUACCCAAAAACAAAGGUAAGGAUAGUUUCUGUGAGUUCAACUUUUGUUAUCUCCUCCCCUCUUUUCCCACCAACUCCGUGGAUUUUAUUAUGUUAUGGUUGUUGGAAGUUUGCACUUCAGAUAUUAGAAAUGCUACCAAAAAGAGCUGCCCAAGAGAUACUUUAUUCUAGUCCGACACCAAAACACACAAAAAAAAAUAGCAAUAAAAAGACAUCCCACAUUUACGAUAUUCUGUACGGUACUUUGUGUGACAUACAGAUAACCCCUUCAUGCUUUGUUUUAUAUUGAAAUAAUUGAUUUAUAAUAGGAUGAUGAAAAGAUUUUACAGAAGGUAGUUGGGGACUUUGGCCUGCUCUUCUUCUGCUUGCGACGUUCUGAACUAUGUAAAUAAACCUGUAUUCAGCCUAGCACCUUUUAUUUAAAAACACAGAGGCAGCUCUUGUCAUAAGUGGCAGUUUAAGGCUGCUGGCUGAACAGUCUUUUCUAGAGAUCUUGCCAGAUAAAUAGCUACGCUGUCGCACAUAAAUAGGUGCUGCCUUAAGGAUGCAAAGAAAUGCAGUUUAGAAUUGCAGUUGUUUGCAUACAAGCUCGUAGUGUUCUGUUGUAGUCAGGGGCUGUAUUGUAGAAUAUAGGUUGUCCAAAUAGCCAGAUAACAGUGAAUGUUUAAAUGUCACUUUGUACAUAUGAAGCUAACCUGGUUUUCAGUUUUGUUUUGCAUAUUAAGAUGGACUAAAUGUUUGUUUUUUUAAAACGAGCAGCAUCUGAAUUUUUUUUUUAAUACUGUUCUAAUCAAUCUGUCAUAAGAGCAAUGAAGGGGGUGUUUCACAUGAUUUCUAUGUUUACAUUAAGGCACGUGCAAAAGAAUUGCAGAUUCAGUGCAUCCUUUUUAUUUUUUACCAUAAAUUAUAAAGGCGUGUUUGACAAAGAUAUUUAAACCAGCAAUAUCACUAGAGGCAUUUGCUUUUAAGCUUAUGAAAAAUAAAAUGUACAAAUGUCACAUUAAUUAAUAAUUACAUAUGGUGACAUGAAAGUUCUUUGUGUGCAUCAGAAGAACAUAUGUUUCAUAGCUGCACAUCAGUUAGACAUCUAAUCAGUCUGGCACUUAGACAUCUUAACCUAUCACUUUGUUUCCUUCUAUUUCCUAACAAUACUGGAAGCACAAGUUACAUUAGCAAUAUAUUACUCAGGGUGCAAGAUAAAAGUCACCAAUCAGAAUCAGGCCUUUACUAAUUUUCCCUGCAAUACAGUUGAUCAGUCAAUAGGUUAAUUUACACAUGCAUGCAGAUUCUGGCUGAUUCCAUUAUGUAUAUACUGUAGCUAGACGAGAAUUGGAAUUUAUAUAAAUAUAAGGAAAAAACACAAAGUUUGUUUUUGUCUGAAGUUAAGAAGAAAACAGUUGUAAAAUGCAUGUCUUUGUGUGAAACCAUUUGUUGCAUAUGGAAAAGGAGGAUAGUUGAUCUUCUAUGCAUCCACUGCAUCUGAAGCUGCAUGUGUGCAUAGACAGUUGUAAAAGGCCUUUGUGCCAGACAACUCAUAGUGAAUACAGACGUUGAUUCCUGAAGUUUUCUCAGUGCUUGUUUACCUUACUGUAGUGUAUUUGUUGUGCCAGUGUGCUGUAUUUCUUCACCCCACUGUCGGAUUCAAAGUCAAGGCCACAACACGACAAGGCCAAAAACGAGCUUUUCCAACUUAAUUUUGAAUAGAAACCAAAGGAUAAACAUUUUAGUUCAGGGUUUUAAUGGGGCAUUAAUAUGUAAGUAGCUUGCCAUCAACAGUGACUUAUGCAUAGUUCUAAGUAUGCUGACAGUUUCAUUUUAAGGAGUUGUCUGUGCAGCAGAAUUAAUCACUUCUUAAUUGUUGUUUCUUGUCUCCCUAAUUUUCAUUGUCACACCCCCCCCCCCAGAUAUAACUUCUGUUUUCUGCACAGGCUUUUCUUUCAGUCCCAAUAUUACUUCCUUAUUGUUGUCAAAGUAAACCCGUAAGCGCUGAUGGUUGCACGCUCAGUAAAAAAAUGCCCAUGUGUUUUAAUAAUUAAAACCUACCCAGCAAUGUAAUUACAUCCUAGCAAAACACAAAAGGCCUGCAAGAUUGAAAACACAUUUCCUUGCACAACCCAUCUUUGAAAAGACAAGCUAGAAAAGGCUUGUUUCUUCUUUUUCCUGUCCAGAAAUGACAACUAACAGCCAUAUUAUCUUGGUGCUUUUCACUUUAAAAUGUCUAAUGCAGCCAAUAGCUUCCUACUGUCUAUUGUUGGUGGUUUUAUCCCUUUCAGUCUUUCUUGUGAUUUAAAUACCCCUUUGCUGUGAAAAACGUGUAGGCCAGUAAUCUUAAGAAGUAUGUGCGGCAAAGAUGAUGAAGCUGGAAAUUCGAUUGGUGUGUCCAGAACUGGAGAUCUGAAAAUAGAAAUGGAUCCAGUUUCGGACUGAGUAAAGUGCACCUAAUUAAGUGCUGAACUAUGAAUAUUAUACAUGUCUUUCCCACGUGCUGCACGGAGUAAAUUUGGACGCUAGCUUAUGAUCCAAGCUUGCUGUUUUUGAAUGUACAUUGUACUAGAAGAAUCUAUGAAUAUAAAAGCGCUACAUGCAUUUUUUUAUUUUUUAUAUAUAUAUAAAGCUUUUUACUACUUGUAUAACUAUACUGGGCUUUGAAGUCCAUUCUUGUUUACAUUUUAUUUCCCUUAUUUAAAGUUUUUCGCAACAGUGGAGUCUUAUGUUUGAGAAGUUGAUUCAUUUUGCAGUGGUGCGGAUCUACCUGUAAAUAUAUUCUUUUCACAGUUCUAAGGUAAAGUCAAUAAAAAGGGACAGAUCUGGUUUACCUGUCUUGCUUUUUGACAUGUUUGGGGGAGGGGAGUAAUACAAAAAAAGUUUCUUCUAGAAUUUAGUUUUUAAAAUGUAAAAUGGUGAUUGUACGCAAAUGCUAUGACUGAAAUGUGCUUUAGGCAGAGCUGUUUUAAAAAAAGUAGAUAUGUUUGCUAGUUCUGUGUUGCAAAAUUAUAAGUCGCUGAAAGCCACAUUGGCAACCUGCUGUUUGUCACUGUAUCUGCCAUAAUUUAUGCUUGAACAAUAAAAGUACUGAAUCUCUUGAAA